GAUGUUAAAGAAGAUGAAGAUCAAAAUUUAAAAUUACAAGAAACCAUCGAAUUAUUGGUGGCGUCGGGGUUCUUCAGGGCCAGAAUCAAGGGCCUAUCUCCAUUUGAUAAGGUGGUUGGAGGUAUGGUCUGGUGCAUAUCUGUCUGCAGUUACGACAUCAAUGUCGACCUGUUUUUUCAAGAGAACUCCACCAUUGGUCAGAAGAUUGCCCUAACUGAGAAAAUAGUGAAUGUACUGAACCUGAUGAAAUGUCCUCACCGAGUCGAUCCGCACCAAAUUCAGGGCUUAGAUUUCAUCCAUAUCUUCCCUGUCGUUCAAUGGUUGGUGAAAAAAGCCAUAGAGAGCAGGAAGGAUUAUGAAGACGAGAACAGGAGCCAUGCAUUAAUGCACUUUAAUAGG